AUGUAUCCACAGCGGUUUUCUAGUGGACUGAAGAACUGCACAUUCAAAGUGAUGGUUUCGGAUUCGCCGCCUUUCACGUCGACCGUUGAGAGAGUAAAGAGGGACAUGGAAAAGUUGGGAGUGGAGCAGUUCAUCGUGGAAACUUUGGCGCAGUUGGAGCAGUUUGAAAUCACCUACAUCAGUUACGACAACGCCGAAGAGCUCUCCGUCGUCGAUAGCAACUUGUCAGUGCAAGGGCCUAUGAGGCUGGUUCAGGAACGUCAAGUAGACAUCAUACUCGGAGCGAUGUUGCUGUUGGAACAACGAGCGAAGGCGUUCAGCUAUCUUUGGGGUCACAUUACCUUCUCCGACGAAUUCAAGAUCGUCGUGAAGAGAGCAGACGUCGUGCCGCGUUGGAAGGUUAUUUAUUUGGAAUUCGAUUCCAUCGUCUGGGUCAUGAUCCUCGUUACGUAUUUGGUGUUUGUUAAAUUAGUAUUGUUGUUUUUUCGUCGGAAACAGAGGGGGCUAGUGGCGUUGAUGAUGAUGGACUAUCUGUUUUUGCACGGGAGUAAAUUGGGCGGUAAAACAAAGGCGCGGUCGAUUCUUAUUGUCUGGAUUAUAUUCGCUUAUCUGAUAAGCACGUACUACCAGUCUAGCUUGACCAGUCUGAUGGCACAUCCUAGUACGAUGGAUCAAGUUACGAGCGAGAACGACCUUGUGGCAUUUAAUGUCAAACCCUACUUAAGUCGAUUCCUCAACCAGCUGAACGGUGAAAUGGAACAAUCUAAAGAAACAGUUGAAAACGAAUGUGACAUACAGCUGGAAUGCAUGAAACGGGUGAGCGAAAGUUACGAUGUAUACACGAUUGUUCUGUACUCAUUGUACUUACAGAGUAGU